CACUCAGACUCACUCUGCCAAAUAUUUUGACCAUCUUUUUAAUUCUUUCUUUUUUUCCGAUGGCCGUCGACGAUUUCUCAAAAUCAGUUCAAAUGGGAAUCGACCUAUCCAAGAGAAUAUCUUACGGCAAAGACAAAGCUUCCAGCAUGACAGCCCCAAAAGCACCCUCCUCCAUGAGAAAAUCAUUGUCUUCUUCGUCGGCGUCAUCAUUGCGGUCACCGGAAGACUAUUUUCCGACAGCACCGAUGGUCUACGCCGUGAUAGUUGACCCGCGUGUCGUUGAUAAUCCGGAUAUAUGUAGCUACCAGCCUUAUGUGUACGGACAUUGUGAUCCACCGGCUCUUGUUCCUCUGCACAUGCAUUCAAUUUGUAUGAAACUUGAUUGUUUCUUGGACACCGCCUUUGUUACUCUUACCGGAACUUGGCGCCUUCAUUGCGUGACCUCACGCGCUUCUUGUGAUUGUAGAAUUGCGGUUCCUAUCGGCCAACAGGGUUCAGUUCUAGGUGUUGAGGUGGAGACCGCUAGAAGAUCAUAUUCUACACAAUUCAUAACCGCACAAAACGAAAAGGAUGUGGAAAAUCUAACUGACACUAAUAACGGAUUUCUAAUGAAAGGACACACGUACACAUUUAGGAUUUCCCAGGUUGAGGGAGGAUCACUUAUCAAUGUAAAUAUAAGAUGGUCUCAGAAAUUGUUGUAUCAAGAUCAUGAGUUCUGUCUCACUGUGCCUUUCACUUUUCCGGCUCAUGUUGUGCCAGUAAUGAAAGGAAACUCUAUGAAGGAAAAAAUGCUGCUAAAUGUGAACUCUGGUACAGAGACUGAGAUCGUUUGCAAUAUUGCCAGUCAUCCUUUAAUGGAAAUAAGGCGACUGGCUGGUGAAAUAGGAUUUUCAUAUGAGGCAGAUGUCAAAAGAUGGUCAACUCAAGACUUGUAUUUUUCUUUCUCUGUGUGCAAAGAUAAUAUCAUUGCCAGUUUGCUACUGCAGUCUCCAUCUCUACAUGAUUAUGAUCAGAGAGAUAUGUUCUGCUUUUAUCUUCUUCCUGGGAAGAAUAAAAUAAGUACAAAGGCUUUCAGAAAAGAAGUGGUAAUUCUAAUAGACGUAAGCGCAAGCAUGCAUGGAGAGCCUCUUGAGAAAUCAAAAGAUGCGAUGAUAGGCUGCCUAUCUAAGCUUAAUAAAGAAGAUACUUUUAACAUCAUAUCCUUCAAUGGGGAGACUUUAGCAUUCUCAUCUUCAUUAGAGUUGGCAACAGAUGAAGCAAUCACAAACGCAACUGAAUGGAUGCACACAAAUCUUAUUGCUGAGGGAGGUACAAACCUUUUGAUUCCCGUGAAACAGGCAUUUGAUUUAGUUGGCAAGAAUGGUGAGUCUAUUCCUCAUAUAUUCCUCAUUACUGACGGGUCUGUUGAAGAUGAAAAAGAAAUCUGUAAAAUUAUGAAAGAUCACUUGGUGGACGGAGGAAUUAAUUGUCCCCGGAUUAGCACAUUUGGGAUAGGUUCAUACUGCAAUCAUUAUUUUUUACAAAUGCUUGCACAUAUGGGAAGGGGAUGCUAUGAUGCUGCUUUUAAUGUAGAUUCAAUCAGCGAUCGAUUACCACGGCUGCUUAGCAAUGCCUCAUCUCCUGUAGUCGCAAAUGUAACUCUAGAUUCCCUAGAAAAUCUCGACUCAGUUGAGUUGUACCCAUUUCGUAUUCCAGACCUGUCUGGAAGUCCAUUAAUUGUAUCAGGCCGAUACCAUGGGAAGUUCCAAGACAUUGUUAAAGCUAGAGGUUUACUGGCUGAUCGGAGCACUUGUGUGAUUGAUGUCAAAGUGAGAGAUGCAAAGGGGAUACCUUUGGAUAGGUUAUGUGCACAAAGGGAGAUUGACACGCUCACAGCACAUGCAUGGCUCGACCAAAAUACACAGCUAGAGGAGAAGAUUGCAGAAUUGAGCCUACAAUUGGGGGUUCCUUGUGAAUAUACUCGUACAAUCCUAGUUCAGAGUGACAAAGUAAAGCCAGCCAUUGAUUCAGUUCAAUCAAAUGAGAAGUGUCCAAAGUUGGAGAAUCACAAGAUUACAUACCUGAAGGAUACAAGUUUUAGAUUUGGUAACUUGAUGGCGACGGUUAAUAAUCUACCUCCUGGAAUAGAAGAGUUAAAGCUAAAUGAGCCUGCAGGAAUGAUGAUGCAAGCGGCUUCCUCUUGUUGGGGGAUCUUUCUUCAUCGAUGUUGUUGCAUGGGUGUCAUCCAGUCGUGUUCUCGAAUGAAUGAUCAAUGGGCCGUUGCUCUCACACAACUUUGCACUGCUCUUGCUUGUUUUGAAUGUCUCAAUUGUUGUUGUGAAGUAUGUGAUUCGUGCAGCUGACUUAUGCAGCUAGAUGGCAGGUUAAAAAGUAGGUUUGGAAGAAAUAAAUAUGUAACGUGGUGCAACGUGCAUUUGUAUGUAUAUAUGUCAAUUAAUGAUCUAUAUUUUGGUUCAUCGCCCUGAAGGCUUCGUUAGUUAUUUACUCGGGGGACUCAUGUAUGCUUUAGAUACACUUGUCUUGGAAGAUAAUGUUGACACUAUCGAUAUUAUUCAUCAAAGAAGAUUCUUUUUGAAGUAA